GGCGGCGGCGGCGGCCGAGGCCCCGCGUCCCCGCCGCCGCUGCUGCCGCCGCUGCUGCUCCUGCUGGCGCUGCCCGGCGGCGGCGGCGGCUCCCCGGUAGCGGCGGCGGCGGGGGACAGCGUGAUCCUGGGCAUGCGGCUGGAGGAGAGCACGAAGCCGGCGGCGGCGGCUCCGUCGCGGGGCCCGAUCCGGGUGACGGAGGGCAGCGAGGUGCUGCUGCGCCUCUACGGGCUGGGGCUGGGCCCGCGCACCGGCGAGCGGGUGGCCUUCGCCGAGCUGCGCCCCGCCGCCAACGCCUCGGCCGCCGCCAACGGCAGCUGCCCCGAGCGCUCGCAGGACCUGGUGGUGCGGCCCGGACCCGCCGAGCCCCGCAGCACCUCGGCGCUGCUCCGCGUGCGCGUGCAGCCGCUGCGCAAGGACGAGCGGGCCAAGACGUACGUGCUGUGCAGCCAGCGGCGGCCCGGGCAGCCGUGGCUGCCUCACCGGGGCCCCGACGGGCAGCUGGUGGUGCUGGAGGAGAAGAAGUCGCUGCUGCCGCUGUGGCUGCAGGCCACGCUGAUCGGCGGGCUGCUGGUGCUGUCGGGGAUGUUCAGCGGGCUCAACCUGGGGCUGAUGGCGCUGGACCCCAUGGAGCUGCGCAUCGUGCAGAACUGCGGCACCGACAAGGAGAAGCGCUACGCGCGCAAGAUCGAGCCCAUCCGCCGCAAGGGGAACUACCUGCUGUGCUCCCUGCUGCUGGGCAACGUGCUGGUCAACACCACGCUCACCAUCCUCCUCGACGACCUCAUCGGCUCCGGCAUCGGCGCCGUGGUGGCCUCCACCAUCGGCAUCGUCAUCUUCGGGGAGAUCGUGCCCCAGGCGCUCUGCUCCCGCCACGGGCUGGCCGUGGGCGCCAACACCAUCGUGGUCACCAAGUUCUUCAUGCUGGUGACGUUCCCCCUCUCCUACCCCAUCAGCAAGCUCCUGGACUGCAUCCUGGGCCAGGAGAUCGGCACCGUCUACAACCGGGAGAAGCUGGUGGAGAUGCUGAAGGUGACGGAGCCCUACAACGACCUGGUGCGGGAGGAGCUCAACAUGAUCCAGGGCGCCCUGGAGCUGCGCACCAAGACGGUGGAGGACGUGAUGACCCCGCUGCAGAACUGCUUUAUGAUCAACAGCGACGCCAUCCUGGACUUCAACACCAUGUCGGAGAUCAUGGAGAGCGGCUACACCCGCAUCCCCGUCUACGAGGACGAGCGCUCCAACAUCAUGGACAUCCUCUACAUCAAGGACCUGGCCUUUGUCGACCCUGACGACUGCACGCCCCUCAAGACCAUCACCAAGUUCUACAACCACCCCGUCCACGUCGUCUUCCACGACACCAAGCUGGACGCCAUGCUGGAGGAGUUCAAAAAGGGGAAGUCCCACCUGGCCAUCGUGCAGAAGGUGAACAACGAGGGCGAGGGAGACCCCUUCUACGAGGUGCUGGGGCUGGUGACGCUGGAGGACGUCAUCGAGGAGAUCAUCAAGUCGGAGAUCCUGGACGAGUCGGACACCUACACCGACAACCGCAGCAAGAAGCGGGUGGGCAACCAGAAGAACAAGCGGGACUUCUCGGCCUUCAAGGACCCCGUCAACGAGCUGAAGGUGAAGGUGUCCCCGCAGCUUCUGCUGGCCGCUCACCGCUUCCUCUCCACGGAGGUGACGCUCUUCACGCCCAACUUCAUCUCGGAGAAGAUCCUGCUGCGGCUGCUCAAGUACUCGGACGUCAUCCAGGAGCUGAAGUUUGACGAGGAGAACAAGAAGUCCCCACGCCAUUUCCUCUACACCAAGAACAAGUCAGCCGACUACUUCAUCCUCAUCCUGCAGGGCAAGGUGGAGGUGGAGGCCGGCAAGGAGUGCAUGAAGUUCGAAGCGGGAGCCUUCUCCUACUACGGGGUGAUGGCCAUCAGCCCGCCUCCGGUAUCGGAGACCCGCUCCCCGUCCCACGUGGGCAGCCUGAACCGCUCGGCCUCCCUGAGCUACCACGAGCGCUCCGACUCCGUCUCGUCCCCCGUCAGCGGCAGCAACAACCAGCUCAACGCCGGCGCCCCGUACGUGGCCGACUUCAGCGUCCGCGCCCUCACCGACCUCCAGUUCGUCAAGAUCACGCGGCAGGAGUACCAGAACGGCCUCACCGCCUCCCGCAUGGACAGUUGUCCCCAGUCCCCGGACAGCAGCGCUCCCAAACCCGACCUGCCGGAGAAGCCGGAGCCCGCUGACGAGACCACCAGCCUCCUGAACGAGAGGAACUGCCUGAGCCGCCGGAGCAACCACAGCCCCGUGGAGAACUCCAUCUGACCCCGGCCGCGGGCCAGGGACGCGUUGGGACCCCCGCAGCCGCCCUGCGGGGACCCUGCCCAGGUCAGAAACGCUCCGGUGGCGAAGGAGCGGGUACGGGUCCGCCGCGCCGGCCGCCGAGGGAACGGACGCGCCCGUCGCCGCUUUCACACCCGGUGUUUGCCGGAGGCACCCGCGGCGCGGGCCGGAAGGGAGCCCGGUUUUGCUGCUGCUGCUGCUUUUUGGAGACUGGUUCCGUGGUUUCAGCGCAGUGGAGGCCGGAGGCCCCGCGGUCGGCGGGCGUUCGUUCGCGUGCAGCUCAGGGAGCUUCAGGUCCCGCGGGCCGGGCCCCCCCCACGGCCUCCCCCCGGGGGUGUUUUCGGGCGGACGCGAGCGGCUCCGGGGCCUCCUCCCGGAGAACCGCACCGGGCCCGAGGCCACGGCGAGGGGCUUGGCUCCGCCACCAGCCCCCCCUGCCUCCAGCGGGGGCGCUGAGGACGGCCGGGAGACCCCCCC